UCUGGCAGCGUCAAUAGUUUAUUUUUUGUGUAAAUAAUUUAUAUCAACAAUAAAUAAGCAUCCUUUAGUUUUCAUAAUUUAAUUAUAUACAUAGAUUUAUGUGUAAGGCAAUAAAUACAAUAAUACAUUCCUCAAAAACUGACCAAAUCCUCGUAAGGGCUCCGGUCCUGAGCGGUCAGCAACGAUGUUAGUGCUCCCAAUAUUGUGUGUUUUCCUCGGCUCGGCCGUCGGAUAUAUUGAUAAAGAUGCUCCUCCUCAAUGGAAUCCAGUUUACACCGUGAAGGGGAUGCUGAACAUCCCUUAUGCGGAACUCAAAGAACCGUUCUAUACUUGGUAUGACAGCAAGGCCAGUAAGUCCCGCAUUGACUACUAUGGCGCUAUGGUCAAGACGUUCCAAUUUGCGCCCUCAGCCUACAAGCCUUAUGGUACUUCUAUCAAGAUCGCCCCGGUGACGACAGAAGAUGUUCUGAACCAAGACACGUGUCUCCAAGUGAAUGGCACCCAGGACUCCACCGUAGGCAUACAGACGGUGCUGCCUGAUAUGACUGACUUCAAGUUUAUUGGCACAGAAACAAUGCAAGACUCGGAAACGGCCAAAUGGCAGUUCACCCAGACGAUUGGUCAGAAACUGAACAAGUACACCAUGUGGGUGAAAUACAGGAAGUCUCUCAAAUACAGGGGGGAUUCCGUGCCCAUUCCUGUCAGGUACGAAAUGAAAGGCUUCAACUCUCUGCUGGGCUCCCACUACGAUCACUACUAUAUCGAUUAUGUAGACUACGACGUCGAAGAUAUUGAUCCCGCUAUCUUUAACAUCGAUUCUUCAAUGAAAUGUUCAUCGUUCCCGGGUCCGGGUAGCCGUCACUACGCGACCUUCAACCCUAUGAUGGAGUUCGUGCACCCAGCCAACGAGGAUCACGUACACCAUGAGUUUGACAGAUUCAAGAGGAAGCACAGUAAGCAGUAUGCCAGCGAGGUGGAACACGAGAAGAGAUUGAACCUCUUCAGACAGAACCUCAGGUUUAUUCAGUCGCACAACCGUGCCCGUCGUUCAUUCACAGUGGCAGUGAACCACCUCGCCGAUCGCACCGACACCGAGCUGGCCGCGCUCAGGGGACGCCGCUACUCCGGACCUAAUGAAGGUCUGCCAUUCCCAUACAGUCGGUCUCUGAUCGAAGAGGAGACAGACAAGCUGCCCACUGAACAUGAUUGGAGACUCUUUGGAGCUGUUACACCUGUUAAAGACCAGUCGGUAUGUGGUUCUUGUUGGUCGUUUGGCACUACGGGUGCAGUGGAAGGUGCCUUGUUCCUCAGCAACGGCGGCAAGUUGGAGAGCCUCAGUCAGCAGGCACUCGUCGACUGCUCCUGGGGUUUCGGCAACAACGGCUGCGACGGUGGUGAAGAUUUCAGAGCGUACCAGUGGAUCAUGAAACAUGGCCUGCCUACUGAGGAAGCUUAUGGUGGAUACUUGGGACAGGAUGGAUAUUGCCACUUAGACAACGUGACUAUUGCCACUAAGAUCAAGGGCUGGGUGAAUGUUACAGCCAACGAUGAGAAAGCGCUCAGGUUGGCGAUUUUCAAGCACGGCCCAAUAUCGGUAGCUAUUGACGCUGCCCACAAGAGUUUCAGUUUCUACUCCAAUGGCGUUUAUUAUGAACCUAGCUGCCACAACAAAGUCGAAGAGCUGGACCACGCAGUUCUCGCAGUAGGCUACGGCAUCCUCAAAGGUCAGAAGUACUGGCUCGUCAAGAACUCCUGGUCUAACAUGUGGGGUAACGAUGGUUACGUACUCAUGUCUACCAAGGACAACAACUGUGGGGUUCAGGCAGCCCCCACUUACGUUCUGAUAUAGUGGGGUAAGAGUUCUGACUAGGGUAAGGUAGGUUAAACGGAGGGUAACGCUCGUUAUUUGUCAUUAAAAGUUUCUUGUGUGAAGAAGAGUAUAUUUUGAAUGAAUUCCUGUGAUUGAAAUGGCAGAAAUGAAUAGUAGAAAUUAACUUUUUCACAUCAUUGCUUAUUAUUAUUGUCAUCAAUUUAAGCUAUAUGCCAUGUUAGUUAUUUAAUGUAGUUGUGUACUCGCAUUUUAAAACAAAAAUGUAUGUAUGUAGUUAUUUUUUUGAUGCAAUGAGUAAACAAAAAAAGUUUUAUGUAUAUCUAGAAAGUUCUAAUGACAAGUAGGCUAGGGUAAUAAUUAUUAUGUUGCUACACCCAUACCAGUUCGGGUAAAAAUUAUUAACCAAAUUGUCAAAACAUAUCUAUAUCAGUCUUAAAAAUCAUAAAAUAUUUUCAGAUUAAUCCUCAAGUUUUUUAGCUACAUAAAAUAAGAAAAGUCUUAUUUUUAACAUAUAAAAAAAAUGUUAUCUAUUUUUUUUGCAAUGUAUAAGGUACAAAGUAUUGUCAAAGAUUUUAAUAAUAGAAGCAAGAAUAGUUGAAUUAAGUACGAAAUGUAAUAGAUAAAUAUUCAUAUUGUUGCCUUAUAAAACUGAAUGUAUGUUGGCUAUGCUUAAAUUUUAUAAAACUAAUAAUUGUUAGAUUUAAGAUUAUGAAACAGGCUGUGUAGCUUCGCUCUCUGUUUAUAAGGAAAUACACUUUUGCAUUAAUAUUUUUAA